AUGUCUCUGCGAGUUGGAUGCGCCUAUGAGAGGAUUGAGAAGGAUGAUCAACAUGGACGCAGGACAAGAGAUGCACGUGACGGCGGGCGCGAGGAGUCGCGACCAAUCAGGCAUCAUAAGAGCUUCUUUGUGGUUUUUGUGGUUGUAGACUUCGAGACAAAGAGGGGAAGUUUGGGAUGCGACAGCGUGGUCGAGUCUUCCAGUUCUCCUCUUCUUCUUCUCCAUCAUCAUCUCAUCAUCGUCAUCAUAUUCUUCUCCUCCGUAGACACCUUUGUCGUUGUCGUCGUCGUCGUCGUCAUCAUCAUCAUCACCAUGAUCAUCGUCUUCAUCUCGAGCAGCUUCUGCGUCUUCUACUUGGCCUCGCAUCCAUCUUGA